CCGGAUCGGCGCUCAUAAACGCGGUCACCAGUCUCGUCGGACUGCUUGCAACUGCUCUAACCGUGCAAGGACACUCUGAACGGCCUGAAGACCUCAGAGCUGCGCUCGAACGUGCGUGGUGGCUGGACGCCGUUAUGAAGCUAGGGAAUCCCCUGUCAUGCGCGCUAUCUCCCGCCUUGGGGCUCCUCAUCAUGUCUAAAUUCGACUUGUGGUCCUGGGCGGGCGUGGCUUCAGGGGCACCAGGGAAUAUGACCGUGAGGGACGCGCUCAACGCGGGUUUCGUCGGGAUGGCAGCCACUGCCGCGGAUUUGCUGUGGAGUCGCUGAAUCCGGCUACUGCCUAGACACGUAGGCCGAUAAAGCAUGUCAUUGCAUCCGUCGCAUCUGGGAGGCUCGAUAUCCUGGGCUGUUCCAGGGUCUGACAGGUCGAUGUUGGGCGCGGUGUCGCUUACCUAUCCAGAAAAAUCAACCACGCCUCAUGACAUUUGUGGGGAUUGUACGCAAUAUACAGUGGACACACAGUCUGUUACGUUGGGUCGCCAGUGCAAGCGUACGAUGGUAUCGCCGGCGGGCUGUCUGCCAUCACCAUUCGUUACCUAUUGCAAACCAGUCAGUAGUUCCCGUGUUUGAAAGAGAUGGCGCUGGCACUGCCUCUAUCUGGCGCUCCUCUGUCGCGACAUGAUCGAGCAUUCGAAGACUGGGGUUCGAGCGGCAAUGGGCGCUGGUUUUCUGCAGUGACUCUGGUAUGAGGAGGCUUGUAGAUUGCCCCGUACUGCUGCUACUGUGUUCUAUGACUCUCGGAGCCGUAGCUGCUGUCGACAAUGGCGCCUUACGACAUAGAUCCCCUCUCGCGCAAUCAGAUCGGCCUUGAUGUGCGUAGCUGGCCUUAUAUGUAUAGCGUGUUGCUAGUGGUGUUGACGAUUAUACCACUCGAACCCAAACACCCUCUCGUUACUCCCCGGCUCGCCUACAGAUAUGGCGCGCGUCCAGCCCGUAAAGGAUCCGCUAUGGGAAGCUAGCCUUUUCCGCCGUGUCCUUGCAUCCUUCAAUCCUCCGGCUGUCUUCGCACUCCUCAUUCUCCACACUUCGAUACUUCUCCUGCGCAUCGCGACUCAGUUCUCUACGUCUAUCACACUCCUCAUCGUCAUCUUAUUUUUCGACUCGUCUACCACACUCCUCGUGGCGCCCACUCUCGUAGUGGCACGCUACAUGCUCAUCGUUCUCUCCAUCUCCAACGUCUUCAUCAUUGUAGCCAGGUGGCUCAUACUGGCCCUGGUGGUCAAGUGUCAAGGAUUAGCCACAGACGAGGAGGUGGACGCUGCGAUGGAGCGUGUGCGUGAUUGGGUGUUCACAUUCGAGAACUUCGCGUCCAUGCUAGCCAUCUCCAAGUGGUCUACAAUCGUCAACAUCGUCACGCCUGUCCCGGAGAACGGUGCACACGAAGAGAUGAGCUUGGUCUUCGCGAUUGGGGUGUGGGUGGUGGGGGCGGUCGCAUUUUGCAUACAAUCAAUGCGCAAAUGA